AGAGGAGUAGGGCUGUGCGUGGAGUGGACUCGUGCGGCUCUUGUGGCCGGCUUCUCGAUUUUAACCUGGUUUGAAAAUGAGUAAGCGUAGGAAGCUCCCAGCUCAGCCGUCAGCGAGUUCUGAGACCUUCAGCCCGGAUGUCCUCGAUGACGUCUGUGAGCUCUUUGCCAAGAACUUUGCAUACUGUAAGCCACUUACUAACGAGUGGCAGUUCCCAGCUCCUACGGAGGUUUUCACCUGUGACCACACGGAGUUCAAUGCUUUUCUUGACUUGAAGAACUCCCUGAAUGCAGUGAAAAACCUCCUGAGUGAUAAGAAGCUGGAUGAGUGGCACGAACACACCGCUUUCACCAACAAGGCGGGGAAGAUCAUUUCUCACGUGAAAAAGGCUGUGAAUGCCGAGCUUUGCACGCAAGCCUGGUGCAAAUUCCAGGAGAUUUUGUGCAGUUUCCCGCUUAUUCCUCAGGAAGCUUUUCAGAACGGAAAGCUGAAUUCUCUGCACCUCUGUGAAGCUCCAGGAGCUUUCAUUGCUAGUCUCAAUCACUACUUAAAAUCCCACCGGUUCCCCUGUGAAUGGAGUUGGGUAGCUAAUACCCUGAAUCCGUACCAUGAAGCAAACGACAGUCUCAGGAUGAUAAUGGACGACCGACUGAUUGCAAAUACCUUGCAUUGUUGGUACUUUGGCCCAGAUAAUACUGGUGACAUCAUGAACCUGAACUAUCUGGCUGGCCUUCAGGAUUUCCUCAGCAGCAUGCCCACUGUUCACUUGGUCACUGCUGAUGGGAGUUUUGAUUGCCAAGGAAACCCAGGUGAACAGGAAGCUUUAGUCUCUUCUCUGCAUUAUUGUGAAGUUGUCACCGCUCUGACCAUUCUCGGGACCGGCGGCUCUUUUGUUCUAAAGAUGUUUACGUUGUUUGAACAUUGUUCUGUAAACCUCAUGUACCUGCUAAAUUGUUCCUUUGACCAAGUCCAUGUCUUCAAACCUGCUACUAGCAAGGCGGGAAACUCAGAAGUCUAUGUGGUGUGUCUCUCCUACAGAGGAAGAGAGGCUGUCCAUCCUUUGUUGUCUAGGAUGGUGUUGAAUUUUGGGACUGAGAUGACCAGGAAAGCGCUCUUUCCUCAUCAUGUGAUCCCCAAAUCUUUCCUUGAGCGACAUGAAGAGUGUUGUGCAUUCUUUCAUAGAUACCAGUUAGAGACGAUUUCUGAGAACAUUCGUCUUUUUGAGUGCAUGGGGAAGGGGGAACAAGAGAAACUGAAUAAUUUAAGGGAUUGCGCUGUACAAUAUUUUAUGCAAAAAUUUCAACUGAAGCGUCUUUCUAGAAAUCAUUGGCUCGUUAAAAAAUCCAGUAUUGGUUGUAGUACAAACACAAAAUGGUUUGGACAGAUGAACAAGUAUUUUAAAACCUAUAAUGAACGGAAGAUGCUGGAAACCCUUUCGUGGAAAGAUAAAAUCGCCAAAGGAUACUUGAAUAGCUGGGUGGAGGAACAUGCCGUGUAUCAUCCUGGGCAGAAUUCCUUCUUAGAAGGGACUGCUUCCAAUCUCGAGUGCCACUUAUGGCGUAUUUUGGAAGGAAAGAAACUGCCGAAGGUGAAGUGUUCUCCUUUCUGUGACGGGGAGAUUUUAAAGACUCUUAAUGAAGCUGUUGAAAAGUCCUUAGAGGAAGCUUCGAGUUUGGAUUCCAAGUUCAGGCCCAAGCAGCGAUAUUACUGUUGUCACGUGUUUUCAGAGGAACUGUUGUUAUCUGAGCUGUUCAGCCUUACCAAGUGCCUUCAGGGUGAGCAGACUAUAGAGCCCAGCAACCCCAUAAAGUGCUUGCUUGUGGGUUCACCGACUCUCUGUGAUUCCAAACUGCACCCACCCCUGGAAGUCCACCUACUGGAGUCCAUCGAGCUCCUAACCUUCAGCUGUUCCUUGCUGCACGAUGGCGACCCAACAUACCAGCACUUGUUUUUGGAGUGCCUUCUCCACUCACUGAAGCAGCUUCAUACAGGAGAUGUCAUGAUUUUGCCUGUGCUGUCUUGCUUAACCAGAUUCAUGGCCGGCUUGAUCUUUGUUCUUCACAGCUGUUUCAGAUUUAUCACAUUUUCUUGUCCCACGUCCUCUGAGCCCCUCAGGUCCUGUGCAGUCCUGCUGUGCGUUGGUUAUCAGAGCCUUCCCAGUCCCGUUCUCCAGUACCUACAGAACGUUAGCGAGCUGCUGAGCGCUUUGAUCCUCUCUGGUGCGCCCCAGCAGGUUUUACAGUUUGUGCCGAUGGAGGUGCUCCUCCAGGGCACACUGCUGGAUUUUUUGUGGGAUCUGAAUGCUGCCAUUGCUAAAAGGCAUUUGCAUUUGAUUAUUCAAGAAGAGAGAGACAAAGUCAGCAGCAACCUUGAGUCACAGAAUUGAACAUGUCACUGUUGAGAUUUAGUUUUGUGACCUCCAGCUUCUGCCUGCUCUAUUUAAUGCCUUUCGUUUUGGAGAAAUGCCAAUUUUUGUAUCAAAGGACAUUAAUGAUGGAAAGUUAUAGCUUGUUCUGAUCUGAAGGAUAUAUGUACUCAUAGGCACAGAGUUCAGUGCAGGUAGGAGCCAUGCACUGAUGGUACUCAGCCACUAAACAUGUGACAUCGGUAUGUGCUCGGGUGACAACACGCCUCCGCGUGUGCAGUUGAGUUGGUUUCCUUGGCCUGCUGAAGAUUUGCCCUGUGUGCCUUCAUUCAGACUUUUCCCCCAACCGAUGCCUCUCAUUGGCUAAUGCUGUUAUGAUUGUUAGAGAAGUCGUUCAUGAAAAGAGGUGAGUGGCAUCACCUCCUCGGUGUCACUGUUUACUCGGAGCACUUGACCAAUAUGUUAUAAUGGAUUUCAGGGAUCUUUAUACCAGAUUUCUUGAUAAUUGCCACGCAUGGCCUUUAGAUCAGUGGCUUGAUUUUCUUUUGGUUGGAGUGAGACUAGUGUGCUCUUGGGGUGCUGUUUCCCUAGCUGUAACUAUCCAAGUAAUAAAAGGGCAGCUGGAAGCUGGAGCCCAAGGUCAUGGUACAGUGGGAAUUACGUCUGGUAAUUUAUCAUGACGAGCUUCUUUCCGCAGUCUUGGCAUUCUUAAUGUCCAGUAAACUGUGAAUGGAGAGAUGAUUGAGUUUUAGGGCUUCGUGUGUAGUUGUCCCCCGUGGGCUGUGUAGGAACAUGUUGAUCGUAGUGAAUAUCAAGGGAGGUGCGGAACUUUCAGAAUGAUGGCAACACAGUUUUAAUCUUUACUAAAGUUUUUAGUGUGAAUGGCACUUUACUGAGAUUAUCCAUGAAAUGGUUAUAUCAAUUACACUUGAUUUUCUGAGUUAUAUAUUUUUAAUAAUAUAAUGAACU